AUGGCGGCUAUCAAUGAUGCCAGCAAUUCAGACAAUACGGAAAUGGAGAUAGACACAAAUUUUUGGACAGACACAAAUGUUAGUUCUCUCGAUUUAAGUGAUUUUAUUUCCAGGUGUGUUUUUCCUCAAUGUGUGUGUGUUACCGAGGGUAACUUUUUAAGUCGGGAUGUGCAGAUAAACCCAGGCGAUGUUUUGGUUUUGAAGUCUUGCAACAAAGGACGUGUGUUUCUAUCGUACAGGGAUGAAAACAGUCGGAAAUGGACGGAGGUCAGUGUUGAUUUAGACUAUCCCCAGAAGUUUAAUGUUCUUCCUCCUAAAGAUAUGACGGCAGAGAGCCGAACUGCCUCCGUGGUCAUGUAUCCAACAAUUUCAGACUUAAUCUUGGAUUGUCCGACAUAUUUUGAAGCUACAGUUUCCUACGACGAUCCCGAUCUACCCGAGAUGUCUGUUAUACGAGGGGAUCAGUUCUGGUUUGUUGGGAUGACACAGUAUCCUGAAGCAGGGGUCGAGAGGUUAAAGGUUCGAGACGGACAUGGUAACUUUCGAUACUUGUCCCUUGAUUGUAGGGGCAAUUUUUAUCAUCUUAAAGACGACAAUGAGUAUACAGUUAAAGAGCUUUUAGAAUUAGCAGCCGUGCCGCGUAGACUGAAGAUGGUUACCACAUGCAUUAACACAGGAAGAACAAAUGACGAAACUAAGAAUAUAAUAGAAAACGAAGUUGUGAAAGAUGAGUAUUCGGUUGUCAAUAAAAUCCUACCCAGACCGAGGGAGCUAUUUUCAUCAGCCAGUUCACAAUCGCCACCUACUGAUCCAUUACCACAGUCCUACUCUGGGAUUGUUUAUUUGCUCAAAUAUGAGUCAACACUAACAGUUUCCCCAUAUGAUGACCUUGCAGUUACUUGGCAAAUUCCCGUCUCGGCAAACCUGAAGAUCAGAUCAUAUUCACAAAAUGACUACGAAGUUCCAGCGUCAUGGAAACCUACAUACUUGAAACGAGUUCAGCUUCCUCUUUCUCCCAACGAGGACCUACCCAGUUUUCACGCACCGAUUGUACCACAACAGCCACUUGUCCCUUUGAACAUCAGCAAUUUUGUGGAAAUUUAUUGCUCAACAUUCCCAGUUAGGGCAAAGAUUGUAGAUACAUCUGGCGCUCAUAAGUUUUUUCAGGAGAUGCUGAAAGGCAUUGAUGAAGUCAACGUUUACCGUUUAGAAGAAACCAAAAGACUUUACGUAAAAGAUGCAAAAAGAGACGAUGUAUACAGCUUGUCACAUGACGUCACGCUAUCCUUUGUAGAAUAUCCUGAAAAAUUUAGAACAGUAUCAGAUCUGCUGCACUUACCUGUUGGUACAGAAGUGACUGUGCUUGAGGACAUCGCCGCUGACUUUCCUAAACCGUUUUCAUUAAGGUUUGGUGACAAUAUCCGUGUCUUGUCAAACACUCCAUAUUUUGUGAAGAUGAAGCAUGCCAACAGAGACUGUCAAGUUCUCAAAUGUGAAAGGAUCGACCCAGAUGGAGGCCAGAAUAGAAAACUGAAGCUACCCAUGGACUUUGAAGUCAACAUGGUCAUCACAACCGACUCCAACAGCAGAAGAAUGUUGUCGCUGCAGGAUUUGCUGUCAGGAGCUGUUCCUCUGCCAACCCGAACGGUUGCUUCAGUAAUCGAUGAGUCCCAGAACACAGAUCUGAAAGAACUACCCGUGGAUUUGCGCAUACUCAGAUCUAUGAAAGAAACCUGUAUUGUUGCUGCUUCGGCAACUUCAAAACAGUUUCCGUCUAAACUUAUUCCGAAAGCCUCACAAAUCUCAAAGUCAGCCAGUUUGGGCAAAGAGAAGGCUGCAUUGUCAUGUUCGCCCCAAGAACCUGCUCUUCCAACCAACAUUGGACUUCCUGUGUCUAGCGGGAUUGUUUUAGCAUUUAAAGACAGAGUGGAGUUGGCGGAGCUUGAUGUGGUUGAGUCUGAAGCUGACUACAUCAGACUGCCCUUGGAAAAGAUGACCAUGUCCCAGUUUGAGGAGCGAGAACGAUUGCGUAAACUGAAUUCAGACUAUGAAGAUAUCGAGUUUGGUUCCAGCAGCACAAUAGACGAGUGUGGUUCUGGGAGUGGCAGUAUUAGAAGGUCUGGUUCGUUAGGAGUAAUUGACAGAAAGCAGAAAAGUACCAAAAUGGACAAAGUACUUCGCUUCAGCCGUGCUCUAAACCCUAAACACUGGCGGCACUCAAAAGCGGAGCCCGAACCCCUGCCUCACCCUUCAGCGAUGGGGCUGAUGGCUCUAGCUGCCAGGGAGAAAGAUGACGUCUUCAAUGACUACCACCAAGCUCGCAUGGACUCAGUCUCCUCGAAAUGUGAAUCGGUCAAGGAUGGAUACUCAGCCAGUGGGGUAUCUACGGCAAGCAGUGAUGGUAA